GCCCAUUGACGGGGGAGACGGUGAGGUGCCACCGAGGCGGACGGGCCCGAUCUUCGAGUCCAUGGACUAGUUGUGUUAAUUAAAGUUGUUAAUUACUUUGGAAAAAAAAAAAAAAAAAAAAAAAAAAAAAGAUGACUCCUGAGGAAGAAGCAGCUGUUCUGUUGAGCCUCCUUUAACUGAGGACUGAAAAUGCCAACAGUUGAAAGUGAGGCAAAAGCAAAAACCAAAGUUCGCUUUGAGGAAAUCUUCAGACAUCAUGCUGACCUGGCGGACAAAAAGAAUUCGAGGAAAAAGAAGUCCCACUCUCAGGAGAAUAUUGUGCUUGACACUUUUAGAAGUAACAUCGAUCUAACAAAGGAAAGUGGGCAUGAUGAAGCAAUUAUAAACAACACGUACAAUCCUGAAGAAGAGAGUCCCCGAUUUACAAAAAAUAAACUCAGAGAGAAAGCAUCAAUUGCAGAGAAAAUAAAUAACGAUGUUGUUAGUGGAGAGGCGAGCCAGCAAACAAAGUCUAACAAGAAGAAAAAGAAAUCAUUGUUACAAGAACAAUUUAAUGAGGAGGAAAAUUUAUGUGAGGCUGAAUUGGAGAGUUUUGGAAAAAAGCUUAAUGAUUUUCCAAAGAAAAAGACAAAAAGUAAAUCACAAACAGACAUACCUCAUCAAGGAGGUGAUGGAAAGGCAAAAAAUUCCUUCACUGAAGUGAGAAAUGCAAUUGAAUUAGAAGAGGAAGAAGAGCUAAUUCAAGCCUAUCAGUUGCAUGUGGCUGAGAAUGAGAUAAAUGCAAUUAAAAAGAAAAUAAGGAUGAAACUUAAAGAACAGAUGUCUGAAUUUACCUCUGCUGUUCAAAGCAGUGAAGUUGCAUUGAGUGAUGAAGUGGGCAAAAAGAAGAAAAAGAAGAAAGAAGUAGCAGUUGUAUGCAAAGCUGAAACAAGUGCAAUGUCCCUUUCUGAGCUGCAGCAUCAUCCAGCAGAAGGUAAUAAUGAAAAUCAUUUAUUGGAAAGAGAAUUUGCAUCAGAAGAACAGAACCUGGAGGAAAGCAUGGAAAAACAGAAACCUAAAGCAAAGAAGGUUAAAAAGAAAACCAAAAAAGAAGAUAACACAGGAGUUUCUGCAGAAAAUGAUGAAGAAAUGAGGACUUCAGAAAUUUCAACUCAGUCUAAAUUUGGUUCUGAUGAUGAUCUUGUGUUGGGAGUUUAUAUCCAUCGAUCUGAUCGACUUAAGACUGAUCUUGUAUCUCAUCCUGUAGUUAAAAUCCAUAUCGUUGAUCAGAAAAGUGGCUUAUAUGUCAAAAAGGAACAUAGGGAGAGGAAAGUUGUGUCUUCCAACGAGGAAGAGCAAAUCGACCACAUUCUUCCUAUUAUGACACAGCCAUAUGACUUGAGACAGUUUAGGUCAACAGUCCCAGAUUGGGAGGAACAAAUCAUAUUUAAUGAGCGCUUUAAUUAUUUUAUUCAAAACACUGAGGAAAGCCCUCAAGUAAUUCUGUUUUUUGAGAUCCUUGAUUUUCUAAGUAUGGAUGAAGCGAGAGUCAACUCUGAUGCACAAAUUCAGGACUGUGGUUUCCGAAAAAUCUGCUGGGCAUUUCUAAAGCUUGUUGGUGCAAAUGGAGUUCUAAACGUUGAUGGAAGACUCCGUCUGCAAUUGUAUUACCCACCUUCAAAGACCAGGUCACAUUCAGAUAUUGUUGAAGUUUAUGACUGGUGGGCAAAAUGUCCUAGAAGUCGUUACCCAUCAACUUUAUAUGUUACUGUAAGAGGCAUAAAACUGCCAGAUCAUGUUGCCCCUUCUUUCCAUUCUAUGGUGGCUGUUAAACAGGAACAAAGUAGUGCAACACUGUGUGAGCUCCGUGGGGAGGGAUCUAAAAGAUCAUGUGAAGUCAGUUCUCUAGAGGAGAAAAAAGAGCAGCUGAAGUGGUCAAGGCUUCCUGGACAGGCUUGUCGCAUUCCAAACAAACAUCUGUUUUCACUGCGAGGUGGAGAUAUGGGGUGUUUCUGUAUUCGUUUCUCUCACGAUGGAAGAACCCUGGCAGCAGCAUGUGCAGGAAAGAAUGGCUAUCCCAUUGCUUUGUAUGAAAUUCCUUCUGGACAGUUCCUGAGAGAAUUCUAUGGUCACCUUAACAUAGUGUAUGAUCUUUGUUGGUCAAAGGACAGUCAACACCUUCUUACUGCAUCCUCUGAUGGUACUGUCAGAAUGUGGAAGAUUGAAACACAAGUUGCAUCUGCAGUGAAGGUUUUCCCUCAUCCUUCAUUUGUUUACACUGCUAAGUACCACCCAGUUUCUGACUCUUUGGUGGUGACAGGAUGUUAUGAUGCUGUAAUUAGAAUAUGGAAUGCCAGUGUGAAAGAAAUCCAUGGGCAACUGCUACAAGAGCUUGAUGGUCACAAAAGUUUCAUCAACACGCUUUGUUUUGAUACUGAAGGGCUCCACAUGUUCUCAGGAGAUAGUUCAGGACUGAUAAUAGUUUGGGAUACGUCUGUGAAAGGAAGUUCUCAAUGCCUGUUUCAACACUGGAGAAUUAAUAAAGAAAUAAAAGAAAAUGAUCUUAAAGGAACUCCAAUAAAUCAUUUGGAGGUGCAUCCAAAUGGAAGACGUUUAUUAAUCCAUGCCAAAGACAGUACCCUGAGAAUUACCGAUCUCAGAAUACUAUUCUUUAUUUUCAGCUUGGCUACAAAGAAGUAUAUAGGUGCUACAAAUUACAGAGAGAAGAUUCACAGCACUUUAACACCAUGUGGCACGUUUCUUUUUUCUGGAAGCGAGGAUGGAAAAGCUUAUGUGUGGAAUCCAGAGACAGGAGAUCAAGUGGCAAUAUAUUCUGAACUUUCCUUCACAUCUCCACUUCGUGACGUUGCCUUUCAUCCACAUGAACAUAUGGUGUCAUUUUGUGCCUUUGGUCAAAACCAACCAAUACUUGUAUAUAUUUAUGAUUAUAAAGUUGCACAACAAGAAGCUGAACUUGUAAAGGAUCUCAGCUCAUCGCUUAGCACAGCUUCUCCAAGAGGCCUGCAAAUUAGUAGCAGUUUUUCUGAAAUACCUAUGCAAAAAAGUUCAGUGAUGUCUCCAGCAGAUCAGUUUGCCAGUGUUGCAAGAACAUCAAUGCGAAUGCAAAAGCUGAAACAAAAACUUGAUUCUGUAAUGACAAGCUCAAAUCUCUUGCUUCCUGCUACAUCAUCACUGUCACCGCACUCCAAACUAAGACUGCCAAACACUUUGAGCACUCCAUUGAAUCCUCUGUAUUCUUUCUCAGGUAAAAGCGGGUGUUUCAGCCCAGUAGGAAACCCUCUUAGCGGAACACUAUUGGGCAGAAUACAGAUGAGUGAUGACCGUCUAACUGCACUGGGGGAAAGAGGAGGAAGCAGUUGUCUGCUCGACCAAGAAGCAGUAGUGGCUCUUUAUGACUACACAGCGCAUCGAUCAGAUGAGCUAACCAUCCAUCGCAGUGACAUUAUCCAAGUGUUAUACAAAGAUAAUGAUAACUGGUGGUUUGGCAGCCUAGCGAAUGGACAGCAAGGCUAUUUUCCAGCUAAUUAUGUGGCUGGUGAAAAAGAGUACGCAGAACAGCCUUCAGGACUAGUAUCAGACUGUGCUCCUCUUCUGCCCAAAGGACCUGAAGAAAUAGAGGAAAGUUCCCCAACACCCCAUAAGAUGUCACCAGUCAUCAGUAAAUCAGGGGACCUGAAGUGCAUCUCAGAGCGUGACACAGAUAGAGACUCACCUGCAACACAAAGUAACUGCAAGUUCUUGCCUUAUUUUAAGAGCUGAAAGAGACAAGGAUCUUCUUGCACCUUAAGUCACUUUGAAAAACUGUUUCAUGUUUCUGCUUAUACAUUAUUUAUACUGUACACACUAGAUAUCAAAACAUCUCUGAAACGUGGCUGCAUAUUUUUCUUUAAAUGUCUCACUUCUUUGUACCUAAAACCAUGAUGAAGAGGGAUUAGAACAGAGCUGUAGUUUUUCCUGUACACUGCAUUUGUUGUGAUUUGAGGUACCCUAGAAAAUGACAUAUAUGCAAAUGUUAAGAUGGUAAAGGAAAUGAUGUUAAGAUGGUAAAUGGAAAUGUUAACUGGUAAAGUUUGUUACUGUAGCAUCUAAAAGCUAUUUCAACAUGACUUGAGAUCCAGUCUAAUCUCUACUUAAAUAUUUGAUCCAUAUGAAAGUUUCCAUUCUCUUCAUAUUUUCUGAAUAAUAUACUUAAUAUCACUGUCACAUGUGAUUAUAUAAUAGGAAUUAAGUAGUAGCUAAACAAUAGAAUCGUAGAGUGGCUUUUAUGGCCACUAAAUCAGGCUACCCUGGGCUCCAUCCAGCAUGGUGUUGAAUGCUUCCAGGGAUGGAACUUCACUCAGCCACCUGUUCUGGUGCCUUAACAUCCUCUGAGUUAAGAAUUUCCUUCUAGCAUGUAACUUAAAUCUUUCCUCUUUUAGUUUAAAACCAUUCCCCCUUCUCCUAUCCCUAUCAGACUGUGUACAAGUGAGUCUCCGUCCUGUUUAUGAGCACCCUGUAAGUACUGGAAUGUCUCCCCACAGCCUUCUCUUUUCUGUAGUGAGCAGCCCCAGCUCAUAGGAGAGAUCCUGCAGCCCUUUUAUCAUCUUUGUGGCCCUCCUCUGUUCCAUCUCCAACAGCUCUACAUCUCAUGCUGGGGGCUCCAGGCCUGAACAUGGUACUACAUGUGGGGCCUCACAGGGGCAGAAUAGAAGAGGACAGUCACCUCUCCCUUGUCCUGCUGGCCACUCAUUUUUUGAUGCAACCCAGUUUACAGUUUGCCUUCCAGGCUGAAAGUGCACACUGCUGGCUCAUGUCCAGUUUUCCAUCCACCAGAACCCCAAAGUCCUUGUUAGUAGAUCUGCUCUCAAUGAGCUCUUCUCUCAGUCUGCAUAUACACCCAGAAUUUCCUCAAUCCAAGUGCAUCAUCUUGUGCUUGGCCUUGUAUACCUCACUAGGUUCAUGUGAGUCCGCUUCUCAAGCUUGUCCAAGUCCCUUUGGGGACCAUCCCUUCUUUCUUUUUUGUCAACUUUACCACUCAGCUUGGUGCUGUGUGCAAACUUGCUGAGGCUGUACUCAAUCCCACUGUCUAGGUCAUUGAUAAAAUGUUGAAGAGCACCAGUCUCAGGAUGGACCCCUGGAAUCAGUUGAGAUGUGAUAACUAGGUACACAGUUUCUCUAUGGAGAAAUGAAAUUUAGCACCUCCACAACUCACUAUACCUUUAUUUGAACCUUCGGGUGAGGUUUGCCAUUUUUCCUAAUAAAAUGGUAUGGCCACAAUACCUGCUGUAGAAUGAACUGAAUGGUAACAUACCUUUCAGAAUUUCCAAAUGGAAGAUAGUUUUGCAAUAUGAAAACAAACUUUCUCCAAGGUGACAGGUGUUUUUUUUAUCUUAGCCAAGCAGUUAACCUGUCUUCUGCAGUCUCUAGAGGAAGCAGAAACCUCCAUAUAAUAGAUACCAAGUGAAAUAGGGUUUUUAUUGGAGUAUCUCAAGCAUUUGUUACAUUAUCACACCUGAUGUGAUUGUUCAAAUAGUAAAAAGAUGAAAACUACUUCUCAGAAUUAGAUUAGUUUUAUGCUGAAAAUCUGCAGGAUAGCUUCAUCAUUUAAAUAUGCGAUUUCUCUGUGCAGACUUUUAUCUCAUUAUAUAUAUUCUCAUUUUACAGUUCUCUUGUGCUACACAAAGUAGUGCUCUCUCCAUAAUCUUACAAUGAUUAUACAUCAGAUCCAGCUGAACACUCAAUUUGGUAGAAAAUUUUGUUUAACGAUUAAUUAUGAUUUUGAAUCCUGAUUUUCUCAGGCAGCAAUACUUCUCAAUUUGUCCUAGGAAUCCUAAUGCAGAGGGUCAUAACAUCCUGAAUCUUUUCCCUUGGGAUACUGUAGUAUUAGAGCUGCAGCAAUUUAUGUGUUUGUGAACAUACAGUUUAGUUUUAAAAAUAUGUAUCAACCUUAUAGGUAGAUAAUAAUUCCAUUAGCAAAGCCAAUACAUGAAUGUUUUGAAGUAUAAAAAGUAUUACAUUAGUACAAUAUCACCAAGUAUAAUGGCCUUGCAGCAGAGUUUUUGGGGAAAAUAGAAACAUCCGUUGCAUUCUGUAGUCUUGAUUCUUCUGCUUAAUUACAUGCUUCAACAGCAUCCAACCGAACACAAACCAGUGUUAGUUUGUGCAAUGUGCUGUACAGAUUUUGGAUGAAGACAGUAGCUGCCCCUUGUAGAUUACAGUUAAACUAUUACACAGUUAAAGUUACAACUUCUGCCUGGCAUCAUCUGCAAGACCAGUCUUAUUCCCUUGUUCAGGCAGCUAACUGGGAAAAAUAAAUGAAUUUGACUGAUACCUUUGUCAUUUUCUGAAGUCUAACAAGUAGGAAUAGACAUUUAACUGACUAAUCUUAUGAAUGUAUCUUAGUUCAGGAAAGUUAAAAUAGGAAAGCUAAUCUUUUGCACUUUACCUGACUGUCUCCCUUAAAAUGUUCAAUAGUAAACCAUGAAUUAUCUUUAAUUGUAAUAAUUUUGAUGCAUAAACUUAGAAAAAGAAAAAAAUAAAAAGACUCUUGCAAUGACUUCUGUGAUAAUGAAGACUGUAAUUGGUAUUUUUUGUUACAUCUGUUGACUGUCUAUCAAGACUUGCUGAUUUUUAAGAUCAGGAUCAGUUCUUUUGAAGGCAGUGCUGUGACAUGGUGAAAAGCAUUGUAGUAAAGUGGUCACAUAUUUUGUCCUCGUGUUUUUUUCUGUCUUUGUUCUGCAGUGGAACAGUAGUUUUUGUAGCUGUUUCAGCAUUGUACUCAAGGGGAACAGGCAGACAAUUGCUCUAACACAUCAGCUGUGUGUGGAAAAAGCUCUAAAUUUGAGCUAACUUUGUUUCUUUUACUCUUUUUAUAUCCACUUUU